AUGCCAAAAAGAAGUCUAAUCAUUAGAACUAAAAAGGCAGCCCAGACAAAACAAAGUCGAUCUCCAAAUGUGGGUGCUGAACAUAGAUCAAAACGUCUUGCCAGCAAAGAAAGUCAAAAUAUAGCUAUAACUGAUUUGCAAGAGCCAUUAAGCGCCACACGAAUUCUCUCCAACAAACAAGCUUGUAACUCUCCUUCCAAAGCUCAAAAUGUAGCUACUACGAAAACUCAAAAUGUAGCUACUAUGGAAGGUCAAAAUAUAGCUACUACGGAAAGUCAAAAUGUAGCUACUAUGGAAGGUCAAAAUAUAGCUACUACGGAAGGUCAAAAUAUAGCUACUACAGAAGAUCAAAAUAUAGCUACUAUGGAAGGUCAAAAUAUAGCUACUAUGGAAGGUCGUACUACGGAAAGUCAAAAUAUAGCUACUACAGAAGGUCGAAAUAUAGCUACUAUGGAAGGUCGAAAUAUAGCUACUAUAGAAGGUCGAAAUAUAGCUACUAUGGAAGGUCGUACUACAGAAUGUCAAAAUAUAGCUACUAUGGAAGAACAAGUUCACAACUUUUCCUCUGGAACUAGCAGCACUUCAAUUUCAGAAACCAAUAGUGGCAUAUUAGGUAAACCACAAUAUACAAAUCGUAGUUUUUUCGCACCAGACUAUGAAUUUAAAUCUAUUGGAUUAAACUUUAGUUUAUAUAAAGAGCAUAUGACUACGUUUUUAGAUGACGAUGAAGAUAAUUAUUCCGUAAAUCAGCUAUUUGCUUCAGAUGCAACAGUAUUUGAGAUAGCAACAAAAGUUGCAAAUCGUCCCGAAAUUCUUCAUAUAGCCAAUAUGAUAUAUCAAAGUAAACAACAAAGGUGGGAUCAACCUUCUACAUCUCAAGAGUUUCCAUUCAGAGAACAAUCAACAUCAUUACCAAAUCCAGAACAACUGUCAAUCAAGGAAUCGACUUUAGAGGUGAGGCUCCGUAUAUGGCUUGAAGAAUUAAAAUGUCUAUUUCUUCGAACUCAGAACCCAUCACAAGCAGCAUUCGACAAGUUGGUGGCUGCAACAUUGCCAAGUUUUAAACUUGCAGAUGAUGAUUUUCAGCAACUUCUCGAGAAAUCCAGGUCAAUGUUUAAUGAUUUUCGGCAUGUUUUUAAUAAAGACCUCAAGAACAUUGCAUGCGACAAUUGCAAUGAGGAUGCCCUGGAUAAAAAUGCAUUAAGUAGAUAUAUUGAUUACAAUAUUACAAAAAAAAUCCUAAAAAGGUAUCUUGCAUGUGCAAGGGAAUUAGAAUUUGCAGAGAUGACUCGAGAUGCACUAAAAAGAUUUGUCCAAGCAGCUUUCAAGUUACAUGUUACUCACACUCACAAAGAAGCCCAACGUGAGUUCAGUUCAUAUAAAAAAGUUCUAGAUGAAAUCAAAAAUAUGAACUCUAUUACACUAUCACUUGAUAUUCCUACACGUGGAAAGUCAGAUAUAUUAAGAAUAUUUACUGUAUAA